CGUAUUACAUACGAGAGUGCAAACCGGUUGAAUAUAUCAGAUAUAUUGUGAAUGCAGGGAUAAUCUAGUAGGUGGAAACGUUCUCCAGUGGUAGUUGCAUUUCCGUGGAACAUGAUUCCGGAGAGGAUUCCCCUGAUUCAUCAGGAUACUCGCUCUGGACUCAGUAUUUUUUUUGCUGCUCUCUGUAUUGUUGAUAUCUUUGGAGUUUUUCCAAUUAUUGCUCUGCCACGUGCUAUUGUUCAAUGCGGUCUUCUGGGAAUUCCCCUCGUUAUAGUCGUGGUUUUAUUUCAAAUUUACACUGCUGCUCUCCUCGGGGAAUGCUGGAUCAUUGCAGCAUCCCUGGACCCCCAGAUCCUGAGGAAAAAUCGAAAUCCUCUGGCUGCUGUAACUGAAAUGACCUUGGGCCCCAGGGCAAAGACUUGGAUUAAUAUUCUACUUGAUUUAACUAUUUUUGGUUGUGGAAUACCGAAUUUAUUAGUUGCAUCUCAAAAUUUACAACUCUUCGGUCUGAAGGUCUCAGACAAUCAAUUCGAUCUUUCAUUCUGCUACUGGCUUUUGGUUGUUGGAGUAUUGUUGUGUCCCCUGAUGUGGUUGGGGAGUCCCAGAGACAUGAAUUAUCAUAAUAAUUUUAUUAUUAUUGCACUUUUUAUUUUCGAAAUAUUCAAUUAUUCAAUUAUUCUUUCAGCUUUUGGAUGGAAACGCUGUGCGAUGCGUUCAGCGGUGGUAUUCCUAGGAGUAGCUGUUGGUGAAUCAGUUCCUCGUUUCGACAUCGUGAUGUCCUUGAUCGGUGGAAGUCUAACAGGUCCUCUGGUAUUCGUUCUUCCUCCUAUAAUGUACGCACGUGCACGCGCCCUGAAGUCCCGAUCCCAGGACAAUCCCCCCAUCCGCGACAUAAUAUCACCUGCCCAGCGUCACCAAGGAGGUACUCCCCUGGUGGAUCCUAAAAUCCAUUCUCAAUCCACUCAUUAUGGAUUCAGAGAUCAAGAUCAUCAGCAGCGCUACUCAUACGUAUAUUUCGAUAAUGACGACGAUUUAUUGUCUGACGUCGAGAACACGACGGGGGUCACUCCUCCAGGUGAAGCUGUACGGAUGAGUGAGAGGGUUAAUCCAGUUAUUGUUGAUCCAACCGUACCGGAAGGGCACCGCAAUCUUGAUGGUGGAAUUGAAAUUCAAGGGAAAGAACUACGGAAUUUAUAUUUAGAUCGAGUUAUUUAUUGGUUCGGAUAUUUUGUGGUUUUUAUUGGAAUUGGUAUUACUAUAUCGUCUACUUAUAUUAAUAUCAAAAAUACUGUGCGGUUUGUUAAUUUUACACCGCCCUGCAUUAUCAAUGCUGCUGUUGCUGGUAAUGCCAGUAAUGCAGGGGGUGGAUAAUUUACUGGAGCACUUUGCACUUUCUGAAGUGUCAAGUAUUUCGAUUAUCUCUAUUAUUCUUUUCAUUAAAUGGAUCGCAUGAUGUUUACUUCAUUAUUCAGAUUAUUAUUUGGAUGUGUGGGAUUUUUAUUAUUCUUUUGAGUGGAUUUAUCGGUCGAUGACUUUUCACCGCUUCACUUUCGGAUUUAGUGAGGCUGUGGUUUUGGUGAUGAGGGGACGGGCAAGAUCAUCAUCGGGGGAGAGAAUUCAAAUUUAUUUUUUAGGGGAAUUCAAUUAUAUUGAUUGAUUGAUUGUAUUCGAAUUUUUGUCCAUUGCUUCUCGAAUUUUUUCACUGUUCACUCCACAUUGGAUUCGAAAAUUGUAGAAUUUCAAAUUGUUAGUUGAAAUAUUU